ACCCUAGCCCUUAAUAAAUCCGCCCCUCCCCCAUUGUUUUCUAGGGUUUUUUUUUUAUGCUUGAAAAGAUUCAUCCCUCAUCUCCUUCAUCAAGAAUCUUGAUGAAACCCUAGAUAUUAAACUUAGAUCUGUCUCAUUACCCUUUUACCAUGAGUGAAAGCAUCAGUUCAAACUUUAGCACAAACAUGUUAAGCCCAACACCAUCAUCCUCUUCAUCUUCUUCAACCGCCACCACUCUCUUUAGCACAAACAUGUUAACCCCACAAUCAUCACCACCACCACCACCACGCUCUUCAUUUCCUUCCCGUUCUCCAACCGCCACCACUCUCAGCCGCUACGAGAGCCAGAAACGCCGUGACUGGAACACCUUCGGCCAGUUCCUCCGCGACCACCAGCCGCCGUUAACCAUUUCCCAAUGCUCCGGUGCACAUAUUAUUGAAUUCAUCCGGUACCUUGACCAGUUUGGCAAAACAAAAGUUCACACACAACUCUGUCCAUUCUUCGGUCGCCCCAACGACUCACCGGCAGUCUGCCCCUGCCCCCUCCGGCAGGCGUGGGGCAGCCUUGAUGCCCUCAUCGGCCGUCUCCGGGCAGCCUAUGAGGAAAACGGAGGGAAGUGGCAGACUAACCCAUUUGGAGCUCGAGCUGUUAGACUUUAUCUACGUGAAGUUAGGGAUUCUCAAGCUAAAGCAAGAGGGAUCAGCUUCGAGAAGAAGAAGAAGAGAAAACGCCCCGCAGCUGCCUCCAUUGCCGCAGCUGCUGCCGCCGCCGCAGCUGUCACCACCACCGCCGCCGCAGCUGCCACCGCCACCACCGCAGCCGCAGCUGUCACCGCCACCGACACCGGGUUGUUGGUACUUCGGGGGUUGAAAAGAUGGAAAAUAUGAAUCAAGCAGGGUUUUGGAAUCAUGUGGUGGAAGUUAUAAACUUUCCAAAUGGAAAACCUUUAUCAGUUGGAGGUAGAGUUACUUUAUUGAAAUUCUUGUUAUACUUCUUUUCGUUGUAUAAAGCGUCAAUUUGUAUUUUGGAUAAGUUAGAAGCGAUUAGAAGACGGUUCGGUUCUUUUGGGGAGGAGAUGAAAAUAGAAGUAGAACCAAUUGGGUAUGUUGGGAGAGGGUGAUUGGU